ACAGUUCUGGAACUGGAAUUACGUGAUGGCCACAUCAGACAGUUGCAGAGAACGCCAUUCUGGCUAAUGAUUGAUGCUAUUCGGGCUAACGACUUGGAUCCUAAAAUGUUCAAAAAAUGUGAUGCGACAGUAUGUCGGGUAAUACAAACUUACAACCCUGAAGAUGAGAAAUUCCACAUCGGUGGAGCUAAGUUACCAUUGCGCAACAACGACAUCAGGUUGAUCUUCGGCGUACAAUGUGGGAGGGAGAAAUUGGAUAUGACACAUGGUGGGAAAGGGCCGUCUGAUUUCAUCCAAAGACGUUGCGCAAAAGUUAGCCGAAUUUCUUCAAAGUUAAUAAAGGACUUGCUGGGAGAAGCAAUAUGUGGUCGUACAGAGCGUGACGAAGAAGAUGUGGCGAAAUUGCUGUGUCUUUAUGUGUGCGCCAAGUUAUUUUUCGCAACGACCGGCGAGCAUAUAGGUUGGGCAUUUGUCCGUGUCAUCGACAAACUGGACACAUUGCAACAGUAUGACUGGAGUGCAACAAUAAGGAACACAUUGAUUGGGUCACUGAAUGAGAUGCACAAUAAGCCGGAGAAGGUCACUGGUUGUGUAGUAGCAUUGCUGUUUCUUAUUUGUGAGCAUUCCAACAUCAUCGCUCCGGAACGGCCUGACGUGACACCACGAUUUUGUCGAUGGAACAUUGCAUCCGCUGUGGGUAAACUAAGAGCAAUAAAUUUGUCGUCAGAAGGUUGCUUUGAGGUAUGGAAUUAGAACCCUUUUAAUUGUUUUUAAAAAUUUUCCAACACCAAACUUUGAAA